AUGCCAGUGGUAGGGCCAACACCGCCUCCAGGGCUGCCUCCCGCCGACGCCCCUCAGCCUUCACAGCAUCGCCUGGUGUUUUGCUUCCCCCCUCCUUCCCUCGAGACAGAUCCCGCUUUCGAAGUCAGACAUGGCACUUCAACCGCGACUGACACGAUAGACCCCUUGACAGGCACGCAAUCUCUCCCCCCACCGGCAUUGCCCCAGCUGGUUGCCGAGCAGAACCUACCUAUCCCCUCCAAUGACAAGGACUCACAACGACUCAUUGUCGUCCUCUCCAAUGCCAGUCUCGAAACCUACAAAGCCUCUCACGCCGGUGGUGGCCGUAUGGGAAUGCAGCGCGACGACAAGUACUCGCUCCUCAACAGCGACGAGCACAUCGGCGUCAUGAGGAAGAUGAACCGGGACAUCAGUGAUGCCCGCCCCGAUAUCACCCACCAGUGCCUCCUCACCCUGCUUGACUCGCCCAUCAACAAGGCCGGCAAGCUGCAGAUCUACAUCCACACGGCCAAGGGCGUUCUGAUUGAGGUUUCGCCAACCGUCCGAAUUCCCCGGACGUUCAAGCGGUUCGCUGGUCUGAUGGUGCAGCUCCUCCACCGCCUCUCUAUUCGCUCGACGACUUCGCAGGAGAAGCUGUUGAGGGUGAUCCAGAAUCCCAUCUCCGAUCACCUGCCUCCCAACUGCCGCAAGGUCACCUUGAGCUUUGACGCCCCAUUGGUGCGUGUGCGAGACUGGGUCGAAGGGCUGGCUCCGAAGGAGAGUGUGUGCGUAUUUGUUGGAGCCAUGGCCAAGGGCACAGAUAACUUUGCCGACGAGUUUGUGGACGAAAAGAUCUCCAUCAGCAACUACAGCCUCUCGGCCAGCGUGGCCUGCAGCAAGUUUUGCCACGCCGCCGAGGAUGUCUGGGAUGUCUUGUAG